CCAGAAGUGUGUUCGCGGGCGGGAACAUCCUUGCCCCCAAGAGCCCCAUGCCGCCCUCCGGUCCGCGGCGCAAAAAGUAAUGCAACAACAGCAGGGAUUCUGCCCACAGCCCGGGCGGGGGUGGGUGGGGAGCCUCCCUGCUUUCUGAUCCCACCCCGACGAGGCUGGGGCGGGCCUGCCGCGCUGCCCCGGGGCAGCAGCAGGGCUGCGAAAGGGCGGAUCGCGUCCUGAGCGAGGAGAGCAAACUUUGCCAAGUCGCGGGCCCGGCUUGUCACGCACCAGCAAACGGGGCGCAGCUCGGCAUGGGCCGGUUCGGCGGCGGGGCCUCGUUCGCCCGCUCCUCCAGCAACGGCUGCUGCUGGUGGGCCGGCUUGUGCGGGCUUUCUCUGCUCUGGAUCGCGGCGGAAACGCGAGCAGACAUUCACUAUGCAACUGUAUAUUGGUCGAAAGCUGCAAAAUCCUUCCAGAUUAAGGAUGUAUUGGACAAGAAUGGUGAUGCUUAUGGCUAUUAUAAUGACAGUGUAUACUCUACAGGAUGGGGGAUUCUUGAGAUCAAAGCUGGCUAUGGUGGCCAGACCAUAAAGAAUGAAGAUCUCAUGUAUGCUGCAGGUUUCUUGGAGGGCUAUCUCACUGCUUCACGUAUGUGUGAUCAUCUUACAAACUUGUAUCCACAACUGAUUAAGAAUUAUGUCAUUGAGAGAAAAGUUAAAAAUUUUAUGAGGAAACAAGAUCAGUGGACCAGACAACAAAUAAAAAACAACAAGGACGACCCAUUCUGGAGACAUGCAGGGUAUAUUAUUGCCCAGUUGGAUGGGCUGUACAUGGGAACUCUGGAGUGGGCUAAACAACAGAAAAGAACACCUUUCAGUGCCUUUCAGGUUAGUUUCCUGAAUGCAAUUGGAGAUCUACUUGACCUCAUUCCUGCCAUAGAUUCAGCAAAGACUGACUCCAGUGUUAUGCCAGGAGGCUCUGGGGGAUACCAAUGGGAUAUGGGUCAUUGCUCAGCUCUGAUCAAGGUCCUCCCUGGAUAUGAAAACAUUUACUUUGCCCAUUCUAGCUGGUUUACAUAUGCAGCUACUCUGAGAAUAUAUAAGCAUUGGGAUUUCAGAAUUGAUGAUCCACAAACGAGCACAGGCCGUGCCUCAUUCAGCAGCUACCCAGGUUUUUUGGAGUCCUUAGAUGACUUUUAUAUACUUGGCAGUGGCUUGAUCCUGUUGCAGACUACAAACAGUGUAUACAACCGUUCUCUUCUCAGACAAGUAGUACCCGAGAGCUUGUUCGCAUGGCAGAGAGUCCGUAUUGCUAACAUGAUGGCAGACUCUGGAAAGGUCUGGGCACAGAUUUUUGAAAAGCAAAACUCUGGUACAUAUAAUAACCAAUACAUGGUUUUGGAUACAAACAAAGUCAAACUGCAGAGGAGUCUUGAUGAGGGAACUCUUUAUGUCAUUGAACAGAUUCCCAAACUUGUGGAAUAUUCUGAUCAGACAAAUAUUCUUCGUAAAGGAUACUGGCCUUCCUACAACAUUCCUUUCCAUGAAAACAUCUACAAUUUGAGUGGAUAUGCAGAGUACGUUAAAAAGUAUGGCCUGGACUUUUCAUAUGAAAUGGCUCCUAGAGCAAAAAUCUUCCGACGGGACCAAGGAAAUGUGACAGACAUCGAGAGCAUGAAGUAUAUAAUGAGAUACAACAAUUACAAGAAAGAUCCCUAUGCAAGGCAUAAUCCUUGUAAUACCAUUUGCUGUCGGGCAGACUUGAAUCCCAAGACUCCAGUUCCUGCUGGCUGCUAUGACUCCAAGAUAGCAGACAUCAAUAUGUCUGCAAAAUUUACAGCCUAUGCUAUCAGUGGCCCACCAGUGGAGGAAGACCUGCCUGUCUUCAGCUGGAACCAUUUCAACCGGACUAAACACCAGGGCUUGCCAGAUUCUUACAACUUUGAGUUCAUCACUAUGAAGCCAAUGCUGUGAAGUUGGAAUAAGAAACUUAACCAGCAGGAGAAAAGAAAGUUCUCUGCUUACACUUAUACAGCCAUACAAAAUAAACUCCUGUCCCCACCUGGGAUUCCACUUUUUGUUUCCUAAUUUGCAUUUAGUGGGAUGGGAAGUGGUGGAGAUGCAAUGCAAUAACAUUACAUGCUUGCAGGCAAAGGAGAGUGCAGCAGCAGAAAGUGGAGGCUGCGAUAUGUCUAGCUACAAAGCAAGCAUAUGCACUCCUUGCAUUUGUUUAUCUGUACAACAAGGUACUUGCUAUCCUGCGCUAAAUGUUUUUCUGGGCUCUGAAGGAAAUGCUGAUACUCCCAACAGCAACUGUACCACCAUCACAAGUUUAAUUGGAAGUGACAGGCUGACCUGACUCAAGUUCCAGAACAGGUUACAUAUGCCUGUUUUCUUUAGACUGGCUGAGAGGUUUCCACAUACAGUGCAGCAGUUAGUGAUUUCUGUAGAUAUAACUGGUGCCUGAACUCUCACUUCAGUAUGCUUUCUCAGUGAAUACUGCUGAGAGACCUUGGGUUCCAGAUGCUUUGAAACAGCAGCCGUGGGCUCUCUGCUAAGAACCCUUUUCUGCGCACACCCUAGGCAGUUGGUGACCUUUUCACCUGGAUGAGAGGAGACUGAAGUAGCCCUCGAUGCCAAGGCAGGGCUGAUGGUUGGAAUCAGUAUAAAGGAGCUUCGCUGGGUAGCUCACAAGGGAAAAGCUUCUUAACCACAUGCAAAUCUCAUUUUUAGCUACCCUGAAUAAAAGCUAUUGGCAAGCACAUCUUACACUUUCUUUUUAGCAUUGAAGGCUAGGUACCUUAUGCAGCUAUGACAACAUGUAACAACAUGCAACAAUAUAUAGGUCAAUGAUAUUGUGCUAAAUAUGCCUUGGUGUUAGACUUAUUGCAAAAGUAUUUCAGUAGAUAGUCCUAACUUCUAAAGUGCUUAAAGGCUAAAAACAAUUUGUAACCACUCUUUCCAUAGCAGUCUUGUGCCCCUUCAUUUAGUCAUGUGCCCUGCACCUACCAAUCCAAAACCUAACAAGAAGUUUCAGUUUCUUAAACCUUGGACCUUAUCAGGUUGCAGAUUUCAGCUUUACUUAGCAUAUAAUCUGGGCUAAUUUGUUGGUGUGUUUUACUCUAUGGAAUUCUUGUUCCAGCAGUCUGCCUUUCAUACACAUACUGUGAGAGCCACAUUUCUGUUCUUUUGUACACUGAAAUAUCAUUACUGAAGGUAUUAAUGAAGACACUGAACUCCUGCCUAGAGUUAGAAAGUAAGAUUCUGCUGGUAAUGUUGAGGUUGAGCCGGGAGAGAACAACUGCUAUAUAUGCCCUGCAGAGAGAUGAUUUUGAAAGAGUACACAUCAGAUGCAGGGAUGCCAUGGCAGCGAGUCCAAUCACUUAUAACCAAUCUUUGGCCAAUGAAAUGACUCCCCUACCUCUCCUCCACCACAUCCUCCCACUGGAAUACAAAGCAAGCCUAUUUUCUAUAACCUCUCCACAGCAGUGUAACGGGCAAAUGCUUGCAAUGGUACAGCUGUUGAGAUUCUUAGCAUAUGUGGGACACACUAGAACUGUAGGCCUCUCUUUGCCCUCUCAGUGCAGAGACAGACCAGAGAGGAGAGCAGCAGCAUCUGCAGGUUGAUUUGCAGCAUCCUAGAUUGGGGCAGCUUGGACAGUGCUUAUUAUACCCUCUUACACAAGUCACUUUUAUAAAGGGUCUCACAACACUAUAAUUCUAAAUGAAAACAUGAUUGGGUGAGUGGAGGAUGUCUGAAUCUACAUUCUAUUUUGCACUUUCAACCAGGCUGAGCAGCUCUAAAAGGCUGCUAUUGAUUCUAUGCCAAAUUAAUACUUACACUGAAGCAGUAAAAUAUGUUUUCAGGUAUAAUUAGAAGGCUCUUUCUGAUACACAGCUGGACAGAUCUCUCUCUUGCCUCACUGAUUUUCAUUUGUGCUCUUGAGUACAGUAAUCAGUCCCCAACACAGAACGGGAAUGAUCUUUUUGACAUUUGGCAGCAGGAGUCACUAAAUUACGUAGAUGCAUUGUGACUGAACACCUGCAGCUGUCUCAGAAUGGUUUUGUUUGAAUGAAGGCAAGAGAACAUAUCUGCACAUACACAGCAAACAUUGCUAUUGCUAUCCCUGUGAAGUUCCAGAUCUUCAAAAUCCCCUGAGGGUUGGAAGUGGAACAAAUAAACCACUGGGCACUGAGACUCUGAUUUAUCUUGUUUCUUACAUUCUCUAAAGGAGCCACCAGAUGGCAGCAUCAUCAUAUUCAAUUCAUGUGAUUAAUUCACUCUGUUAAUAUACAAAAUUUCCCUUACAUAAUUUGCUCAUCCUGUGCCUCAACAUAGUCUACAACUUGUCCUUCCACUAUAUAACAGUGAAUAAAUUCACUUGUGUUCUAAA